GGAAAGCAGCCCACAGAGUCGCGCGGCCCGGAAACAACACAACGAGGCCCCAUCUUUUAGAUUCGAGUUUAGGCCCCGGGGUGGAGGGUCCGGACCGGGCCCCUUACAGCGGCAGUGCGCAGGCACGAGCCCCGGCAACCCGGCGCGCAAGGAGCUCACAGCCCAGCCUCGCCCCAGCGCCCGCGACCAAUGGGAGGCGGCCGGGCCAGGAGCGGGGCCAAUGGCAGUGGCUGGCGGAGACGCGGCCCUUUAAGAAGCCGCGGGCGCCCUGGGGGGCAGAGCACCGGACAACAGCAGCGGCAGCAACGAGGCCGACGCCACCAUGGCCCUGCAGGCUGAUUUUGACAGGGCUGCAGAAGAUGUGAGGAAGCUGAAAGCAAGACCAGAUGAUGGAGAACUGAAAGAACUCUACGGGCUUUACAAACAAGCGAUAAUUGGAGACAUUAAUAUUGAGUGUCCAGGAAUGCUAGAUUUAAAAGGCAAAGCCAAAUGGGAGGCAUGGAACCUCAAAAAAGGGUUGUCGACGGAAGAUGCGAUGAGUGCCUAUAUUUCUAAAGCAAAGGAGCUGAUAGAAAAAUAUGGAAUUUAGAAUACAGCAUAUGAGGAAUAUUUGCUUUUGAAGCCUUCCUAAUGCUAUCACGACCUAACAUUUAGAGGGAGAGGCACACUGUUAACUUGAUGUAUCAUGUAGAUUUUUGCUAUUAGCAUGAACUGUAAUACUUAGGAGUAUACUGAAACUACAUAGUUUGCUCAAUUGUACUUGCUUAAACCAGGUGUCUUUAAAGUUCUUUUUAAGAAAAUGUGGCACAUAUACACCAUGGAAUACUAUGCAGCCAUGAAAAAGGAUGAGUUCAUGUCCUUUGCGGAGACAUGGAUGAAGCUGGAAACCAUCAU